CACGGUCAAAUCGGGGUACUUCUUCGCAUCAAACACUGAUAUGGCGGUACGAAUUUCUUCUACAAAAUAUCCAGACUACAAAAACUGGCCACAUGGAGUUCUAGUUGCAGGACCAUGGAGACCCAUCCAGCCCCUUUAGUUCUCGCAUAUCCUCCUCUAGACGGGUCCCUCCUGCUCCACGAACUUCCUGAUUUCCAUCUCUACCACAAUCCCUCUCAUCCGUUGUUUGUAUACGCCGAGCAUGACGCGGAAGUCCUACGUGAAAUUUCCCAUUUAGAGUUCUGUCGCGCUGUUCAUCGAGUUGCUCAUGCUGUGGACCAUAUCCCUCGAACAACACCCGUGGGAGUUCUUGCGCUGACGGAUACAAUCUUAUAUUACGCUCUAUUCUUCGGGUUGAUGAAAGCAGGUCAUACACCCUACCUUCUGUCACCAAGAAAUUCUGCUGCCGCCACAGCCAAACUUCUACAGGAUGUCGGCAGUCGCCAUCUCAUGGCGUCAUCGUCAUUCAAAGCGCUUGUCCAGGAAAUUCAGCUCGAGCUCGAAUUGGAAUCGUUGGUCAACCUCUCGGUCUUUGGAUUGCCGUCUCUCGAUAGCAUCUUCCCAAAACUAGGUUUGGAAACGCGGGAGGAUCCUUUUACGCCCUACGUGUCUCCUACACGAUUCCUGUUGACUGAUGUUGCCUUCUACCUGCAUUCCUCCGGUAGCACAGGACUCCCCAAGACCAUUCCGCAAACCCAGACAUCUAUCUUGCAUUGGUGCUCAUUCCAGUCUAUACGCGACUUGAUCCAUCAACCCAGUCUUCGGAUUGGUGGUUUCAUGUUACCAUCCUUCCACACGCUUGGAAUAUACUUCCAGAUCUUGACACCGCUGGUUGGCUUACGGACUGUCGCCGUUUAUCCACCCCUGUGUAAAACCCCCGCCUCCCAACCCUUCACGCCUUCCCCCGGAAGUGUUCUGGAGCACAUCACCCUUACGCGGUCCAACUCUCUGGUCGCCAUCCCUGCAAUCAUCGAAGUAUGGGCUUCCAUCCCGGCUGCAGUUGAUGUUCUUCGCGAAUUGCAAAUUGUGUGGUACUCGGGCGGAACGUUAUCCGCCAAGGUUGGCAACAAGCUUCAUGCAAGCGGCGUGACUCUAUCGUCAGUGUAUGGGGCCACUGAGUUCGGAGCGCCAGCGCACACUAUUCCGCUAGCUGCUGAUGUUAAGGCCGGCGAAUGGUCAUGGAUACGGUUCGACUCCCGGGCAACUAUUCAGAUGAUACCACACGGUGAUGGUCUAUUUGAGGCACAUUUUAUGAAUACAGAAAAGCAUCACGUUUCAGUGCACAACUUGCCCGACGGUCUUGGUUAUGCGACGGCGGACUUAUUUCAGAAGCACCCUACCAAAAACCUGUGGAAGAUAGCUGCAAGGAUGGAUGACGUUAUUGUUCUUUCAUCUGGCGAGAAGGCUAUCCCGGGGCCAAUGGAAGACAUAAUCAACUCCAGUCCAUUGGUCGUGGGGUCGGUGAUGUUUGGUCGUGAACAACCUCAGGUUGGAAUCAUUGUACACCCGAAGAACGCAGUACCCGACGAAGGGGCUGACGCGUUCAUAGAUGCCAUUUGGCCGGUAGUAGAAGAAGCAAAUCAUCAAGCUCCGACCUUCAGCAAAAUUUACAGGGAUAUGAUCAUAGUUACGCCACUAACGAAACCCCUUCCUAAGUCUUCGAAAGGAUCUAUUCACAGGAAAUUAUCCCUGGAGGCCUUCGGCAAAGAGAUCUCCGACUUAUAUUCGAGUAUCAAAUCCGACGUUGGCCUCUCAUCGUCAGUGAAACUACCAUCAGACUGGUCCUCUUCCAAAGUCUAUGCCUGGAUAUUGGAUCAAGCUACUGAGGUUAUGGGGUCUCCGAUUUUACCAGAUGUCGAUUUCUUCCAGCAAGGAUUCGAUAGUCUCAGCGCUUCUAUCCUGCGGCAUCACAUUACCUCUGCAAUGCGUGCUUCACCCAUCAUUGCUGUUCGCCAGGAGGCGGAACGCUUUACGUUGGACUGCAUAUAUAAAUACCCUUCCGUCCGACAACUUUCCGCGUCCUUUGAUGCACUCGUCAAGGGUUCGAUUCCAGUAUCGCAUGCCUCUGAAAACGCUUUGGAAUCCAUGAUUAACCGAUAUAGUGGAUUCUCAGCUGCUAGGGCAUCUCCCGUCGAUAGUGCAAUAUCCAUGGGCUCGGAAGAGGAAGAUCAUGUUCUGGACACCUCUGUGAUCUUGCUGACAGGAUCCACCGGUUCACUUGGGACGCAUGUUCUGGCUAGGCUCAUAUCUUCUUCUAGUGUUAAAGCGAUAUAUUGCCUAAACCGACCGUCAAGCCAGACAACGUUGAAACAACGACAACAGAGCAUGUUCAAGACGCGGGGACUUGAUAUAACUUUACUGGAUUCACCGAAGGUCUUUCUAAUCGAGGGUAAUAUGACGGAAGAAAGAUUUGGCUUGGAAGAUCAUCUUUUCCGGAGUAUGCUUAUCUCAGUCAAUGUUAUUAUUCACGCAGCGUGGAGAGUCGACUUCAAUUUGAAACUAUCGUCUUUCGAGCCAAACAUCGAGGCCACUCAGAACCUCAUCAACUUCGCUCUUGACAGUAAACGUUCAACGGCUACUCGAUUUGUCUUCGUUUCUUCAAUAACCUCCGUGCAAUCCUGGACGGGAAACGCUGGCGUCGUCCCUGAAUCUACGAUUGACAACUGGAAGGUAGCUGUCGGAAGGGGAUACGGUGAGGGUAAAUAUGUCGCCGAACAACUGCUUAGUCGAAGCGGUCUUCGAGGGACGAGCCUUCGGCUCGGCCAACUAUGUGGUGGUUCACAUGUGGGCGCAUGGUCGACUACCGAAUGGUUCCCAAUUCUCGUUAAGUCUAGUAUAGCGAUCAAUGCACUACCAUCGUUCUCUGGGGUUGUAUCGUGGAUGACUGUGCAAUCAGUAGCGCAGAUAAUUCUGGAUAUAGUGUUCAGUUCGGAAGCGGAGCCUGUGAUCAAUCUUGUUCACCCAAAGCCGGUGCCAUGGGCAUCUAUCGUUACACAAGUACGACAUGCUUUGAAAGAAGAUAUUUCAGUGAAGCCUGCCUCAGAGUGGUUCGAGAUCCUUGAGAGCAGGUCGCAAACGGCUUCUUCGGAGGACAUACAACGUAUUCCUGCUCUGAAACUGUUGGCCUUCUUUCGUGAGAUGAUACAGGGGGACGACAGUAGUGUUGAUGACCAGGAAAGUGGUGGACUGCCCAGGUUUUCCACUUCGAAGGCCAAAAAAUGCAGCUCCACGAUGUUCAACGUCAAGUCGAUUGGGUCAGAAGAAGUGGAGGGCUGGGUAAGAUAUUGGAAAGAAGUCGGGUUUAUAAGGGCGUGAGGUGGCAUUUUUAUUUGCCUGAGACUGUAUUAUGCAGGAUUGUUGUAUCAUCUCUUAUGUAUAGUAGUCAUCGCAACACUUAGGGUUUACAAACAACACUAAUGAAAUGGGGAAUUUUUCCUAUAGAAUACAGUCUGUACUAGAGAUUUGACAGAUAUUGUGAUUAGUCAGUCAAAGCUGA